AUGGUUGAAACUAUACAGCCUUUAGUAAUUUCAAAUGAAUUCAAAGACAUUAUAAUCUAAAAUAAAUUAUUAUAAAAUUUCCUCCAACAAAGCGUUAUGUCUUUACACAAUCAUAGAAAAGCAAGAUAAUUAAUAGCAUUGCUUGAUCGAUAGGUAUAGAAACGUAUUUAAAAAAAGCAUCCUCAUUUAGCAAUUCUAACAAAGAAAAUGAAAUUAAUUAGAAAAAUAACUAUAUUAAAAAAUCUUUGGAGCGUUUAAUUGCCUGAGAAAGAUUCUAAUAUUUAUCUUGUUUGCAAUGGUUCUGACUAUACUCCUAAUGAUUAAAAUAAAUUGUUGUAUUCAUAUAACACAAAAAGAAAUUAUUUGAAAGUAGUCAAGAGAUAACUUAACAUUUAGGAAAUAUUGAAGUUAAAGGAUUAUCAAUUUAUGCUAAGAGAUUAACAUACAAACUACGAAAUCGUUUCUAUAAAAAAUUUUGAGGUAUUCUGUAAGGGGAGACUAAUACCAGUGCCAAUUAAAUCAAGAUAUGAAAAAUAUCCUGAAAGUCCAACAGUAUCAAUUGAAUCAAAAAUAUCUAGAGCUAAGAAUAAUAUUUCAUGUACCGAUCAACUGAAUACUGAUUUGAUUUAUAUUGUCUUUGCAACAUCUAAAGGAGUAACGGUUGCAAAGGUUCUUAAUGAUGAUAUUGGCUAGGUAAUCGGUCUUGAUUGUAACUUAAAUACUCAUUAGACAUUACAUGAUCAUUUUUUAAGAAAUUUAAUAGAGAUUAGUCCUCAAACUUUCCUCUCAUCAAGAUACUAUUCAGACUUAUUGUACUAAUUUUAGCUUGAAGAUCCAAAAUGA